AUGGAGCUUGGAGAGGUUGUCGUGGCUGAACAUCCUGGUGAGAGGCAGCUGUACGCAGAGCAGAAGCCAAGAGCCCAGGACCUGCUGUGGAGAAGCGGAAAUCGGCUCUGCCACGUUUUCGGGUAUCUCACUGGAGAAAUGAAAGAAUAUGGAGAGUGGAUAAAAAAUAAGCCCCUAAUGUUUCAGCUGGUGGACUGGAUCUUGCGAGGGACCUCUCAGGUGAUGUUUGUCAACAACCCUAUCAGCGGGCUGAUCAUUUUAGUGGGGCUUUUCAUCCAGAGCCCUUGGUGGAUGCUCACGGGCUGUACUGGAACAACAGUGUCAACAUUAACGGCUCUGGCCCUCAGUCAGGACAGAUCAGCCAUUGCAGCUGGGCUGCACGGCUAUAACGGGAUCUUGGUGGGACUGCUCAUGGCCGUCUUCUCCGACAAAGGCGAUUACUACUGGUGGCUUCUUUCUCCUGUGGCAGUUGUAUCAAUGGCCUGUCCAAUCCUGUCUAGUGCUUUGGGAUCCAUCUUCACUAAAUGGGACCUUCCUGUUUUCACUCUGCCCUUCAAUAUUGCCGUGACUUUGUACUUGGCAGCCACAGGACACUACAACCCCUUCUUCCCUACAACCCUCAUCAAGCCUGUAGCAUCAGUGCCCAAUAUCACCUGGUCUGCAAUCAAUGUGCCACUGCUCUUGCAGUCCAUCCCAGCCGGUGUUGGUCAAGUGUAUGGUUGUGAAAACCCAUGGACUGGAGGCAUCAUUCUUGUUGCUUUACUUAUCUCCUCCCCACUUAUUUGUUUACAUGCUGCAAUUGGAUCAACACUGGGGAUGUUUUCAGCACUGAGCGUUGCAACACCGUUUGACAGCAUCUACCUUGGCUUGCACAAUUACAACUGCGCACUCGCCUGCAUUGCGAUUGGGGGCAUGUUCUAUGCCCUGACCUGGCAAACGCAUUUGCUGUCACUUGCCUGUGCGUUAUUUUGUGCCUACUCUGGAGCAGGUCUUGCCAAUGCCCUAUCUGUCCUUGGGCUGCCGCUCUGCACCUGGCCUUUUUGCUUCUCUGCACUUCUCUUUUUGCUGAUAAAUUCAGACAACCCAGCCAUCUACAAAAUCCCACUGUGCAAAGUCACCUACCCAGAAGCCAACAGGAUCUACUACCUGAGAAUGAAGAGAAGAGCAUCGGAGAGCAGGAGAGAAGAGCAGAAACGAAAGGAGCAGAAACCCUCUGACCAUUCCAAAAUAAGCACCGGAGGCACCCCCCUGUGCACUCCCAAAAACCGCCACGCUUUCUGA